GAACUGUGGCUCUGUCUGUGUAGCCUCCAUUUCUAGCUUGUACAGGUCGUCAGCCACGUAACUGUAACGAACUAGCGCAUGGCUGACUGAAAAGGAGGGAAUAUGUAACCGUUCCAGAGUUAAUAGCUCUGCACAGAUAAACUACAUUAAAACACUUGUUCAAUGAUCUCAACCCAAAACCCAAAUCUCAUUCCAAAAUAAAAGAAAAUGGAAAAUGGAAGAAGAUCUUACUCGUCGAUGCCUCUUGCCUCCAGGUUGGAUCAUUUGGAUUUCAUUAUGAAGUAUUUAGAAGGAAAACGAAGUUUGCAGAAAGGAAUGGAAAAAGAAUGCAUGCCAUUAGAUUUGGCAAUGAGGGAGGCUUACUUCAAAGGGUCGUUGUUGGAUAGGGUGACAUCUCUUGAACAUAGACUUUUCCAGCUAUGCUUAGAGUUGGAAUCCAGUAGCACAUUUAGCACUUCAACAUCAACAUCUGGUUAUGCAUCUUCCAGCCUAGGAUCUAGAGGGCAACCAAUAUCUCGCUCAUUACCUACUUUCAUCAACUCAAAUCAAGCUCACAAACAGGCACCUCAUCAAGUCCUGUUCACCAGGUCUGAAAUUCAGGAAGAAUCUGAGGCAAUGCUACAAAAGAAGAAAGAUUCAAACCCCCUUAAGCAGCAAGUUGGGAACAAAAGGGGCAGCAAGAAAGAAAAAGUAAGCAAAAGUGGGAAGAAGGUAUCUCCCAAGUGGUCGCAUUGGAAAAUAUUAGGUUGCUAAUUACCCUGCCUUUUUCUCCAAACUUACGUUUCUUUUCCAAUGACACAUUUGGACAAUGCCAACUUCAAUUCUCUAAUUAAUUAGUCCUAUUGGUUGCUAUAAUCUCAAUUAAGCCAGGGUUGCAAUGGAUUUAUCUAUUAAGAUCUUGUAGGUGUAUU